AUGGAGGAAUGCCUUGAUCAGCAGCAGCAGCAGCAGAAGGGCAACAAUGGACAGCUCCAGAGGCUAGAAGGCAUCGAGGAGGAAGGUGGCCCGACGGAGAAGUGGCCUCCUCCGACGACGACGGUGCGGGCGCCAGAGACCCCGACGGAGACGAUGGAGUUCCUCGCGCGGUCAUGGAGCCUGUCGGCCGCGGAGAUAUCCAAGGCGCUCAAGGUGCUGAGUAGCAAGGGCGUCUGCGACAUCCCCAGCGUCCCCGUCGCGGCUGCUGCAGGUAAUGAAGAGCAGCAUAGGUCCUCGCUUGACGCGACAAUGGCGGCGCCGGCGGCGGCUAUGCAGGCCGGCACUGGAGGAGCUGCGAGCCCACCGUUCUCUCCCAGGGCAGACGCGCAGCUUCUCCGAGCCGCCGCCGCGGCGGGGAGAGCGGGCGGCAAGACGACGACGAUGGGCGCGUGGAUCAAGGAGCAGAAGGAGAAGAAGCGCGCCGAGGCGCGGUCCCGCAACGCGCAGGCCUACGCGGCGACGUCCGUGGCCGGGGUCGCGGCGGCGGUGGCCGCGCUGGUCGCCGGCGCGGUGUUCACCUCCUCGCCCUCUCCUCCUCCUCCUCCCGCGCCGGAGCGGGGCGCCGCCAAGAACGCGAGCGGCGCGAAGACGGCGGCGGCCAUCGCGUCGGCGGCGGCGCUGGUGGCGUCGCACUGCGUCGAGAUGGCGCAGGCGAUGGGCGCGAGCCACGAGCAGAUCCUGGGGUCCAUCCACUCGGCCGUGAACGCGCAGGCGAGCGGCGACAUCAUGGCGCUCACCGCCGGCGCGGCCACGGCGCUGCGCGGGGCCGCCAUGCUGCGCGCCAGGCUCCAUAAGGAGAUCCAGGCCACCGCCCUGCCGCCCGGGGACGGCGGCGCCGGUAGGGCGUCCGAGAGGGACAUCUCGCCGCUCAUCUUCGUGUCCCGUGGCGGCGAGCUCCUCAAGCGCACGAGACAGGGAAUACUCCACUGGAAGCUCGUCACAGCGUACAUAGAUCCCAACUUCCAGGUGAUCAUCAAGAUGAAGAGCGCGCAUAUGGCCGGCACGUUCAUCAAGACCAAGAAGUGUGUCGUCCUCGACGUCCGGUCCAACGUGCCGGCGUGGGCAGGCAGGGAGGUGGACGACGGCAGCCGGCGGCGAGGCUACUUCGGCGUGAGGACGGAGGAGAGGGUGGUGGAGUUCGAGUGCAGGAGCAAGCACGACCAGCUCAAGUGGGUGCAGGGCAUCACCGAGAUGCUCAACCGCCGCGACAGCAUGAACAUGAACAUCGCCUUGUAA